AUGGCGGGGAACGAGUGGAUAAAUGGGUACUUGGAGGCAAUAUUGGACAGUGGUGCUUCGGCUAUAGAGGAGAAGUCAACACAAGUGAACUUGAGAGAGAGAGGGGAUUUUAAUCCCACCAAGUACUUUGUGGAGGAAGUUGUGACUGGGGUUGAUGAGACUGAUCUUCACAGGACAUGGAUUAAGGUGGUGGCCACAAGAAACACCAGGGAGAGGAGUUCCAGACUCGAGAACAUGUGCUGGCGUAUUUGGCAUCUUGCCCGCAAAAAGAAACAGGAAGAUAGGUUGCUGUUAUAUCUAUGA